AUGCCCAUUUCUCAGCUUCCCGAGAGUACUUGCCAGCUGCUAAAGUCCACCACCGUUGUGAUCUCCCCCCUAUCACUCGUCAAAGAGCUCGUCGAAAAUGCCAUUGAUGCCAAUGCCACCAACAUUGAAAUCGGCAUCUCGGCCAACACAGUAGACAAGAUCCAGGUACGAGACAACGGCCAUGGCAUUAGCCCCGAAGACUACCACGCCGUUGGGCGAAGGUCACAUACCAGCAAGCUUCGGACCUUUAAGGAGCUCCAGUACAAGGGCGGCAAGACACUUGGUUUCCGCGGCGAUGCCUUGGCAAGCAUGAACACUUGCUCGGAGCUUACCAUUACGACGAGAACAAGCCAGGACAGUGUUGCGGCUUUGCUGGUGCUCAAAAAUGGCGUGGAAGGAAUCGCGGACAAGCGACUAGCUUCAGGUUCUAUGGGAACGACAGUUGACGUCUCCAAUUUGUUUGCCGCCGUACCGGUUCGAAGACAGCUUGCCAUCAAGGAGAGCAAAAAGUCUUGCGGACAGAUCAAGGAGCUUCUUCAAACGUAUGCCCUCACUCGACCAUACACCAGACUCUCGCUCAAAAUUUUCAAAGAUCACAAGCUCUCCUGGUCAUAUGCUCCCGGUCAAGGGGCACAUGUUAGAGAAGCGGCACUCCAAGUCUUUGGCCCCGAUCUGGUCUCGCAAUGCGUCUAG